AUGUUUCCUUCAUCUUUGUCAAAUUCAUCCUCCACACAAUCCAAGGAUCAUCGACACCAUGACGACUAUCAACAACAACACCAUCAUCAUCACCACCAAUUGCAAACAAAUGAUUCAAAUCGUCAAUCGGGUGGAUUUUCAAAAAUCGUCCGUGAUUGUGUUUUAAAUAAUUUCACCAAUGAAGACUCGAAUGCCAUGGUGGAUGAAACUCCACCUUUACAUUCAACCUCUCAACAAGCAUUUGAACAUACAACCACUCAACCACAUCCUCUCUUUCAACGUCCUGUCAACUUGUCAAUUUUUACAGAUCCAUGGAAAGUUGAUGAAGAAGUGGACUCUACAACGACAUUUAAAACAGAUUCAACCAUAACAAAACAAUUAUUAGGAAAUAGAUUGGUGUAUUCUAUCGGAGAGAAUGGAAUUGAAAACGUGAUUGUCAAUGACAUGACUGUCAACAAUGAUCAUCAAGAUGAUACUUCCAAUGUAUUGAAAUUAAAAAAGAAAGAAAUUAGUGUUUUUGAUCUUGAUUUAACAUCCAUGCAAGAUGUUGGAAAGGGUGCAUUUGGAAGUGUUUCUAUUGUAAGAACCAUUACUCCUCCAUUCUCAUUCUAUGCCAUCAAAAGAAUUCCAUUUAAAUUAUCCGAUGAAAAGAAUAUUUGGAGAGAGUUUCAUGCCAUUUAUAGCAGUCAAAGUGAUUUUCUCGUAAAAUUAUAUGAAUGCUUUUUUAGAGACAACUUUUUCAAUUUGGUGAUGGAAUUUAUGAAUGUUGGAAAUUUUUCAAAACUUAUCGAACUCAUGAAUACUCAGAAAUUCUUUCUGAUCAAGACAAUAGCUGAGAAACCAAGUUUAUUUCCACCAAAUAGCUCAAUAACCAAUGCAGAUUAUCCAACAACGGCUGAAGUUUUCAAAAAUGUUGAUGUUCUAAAAUCGAUAUGUGGACGAAUUAUUAAAAAUCCGGCGAAAUACGUACAACGGUUUGCGGCUGGAAAUAUUCUCACAGAGAUGGAAUGUAGUAUAAUGAUACGUAAAGUAUUGGAGGGAUUAAGAUAUUUAAGGAAAAAGCAUAUUAUUCACCGUGAUAUUAAAGUAAUUCUUGUAAAUUCUAGAGGAGAAGUCAAAAUCACUGAUUUUGGACUUGCCAACAUCAAAACAACCUCCGGUGGUGGCAUUAGUUUCAUGUCCGAUUACUAUACAAUAUGCGGAACAACAGUUUACCUGAGUCCAGAACGGCUUCUUGAACAGCCUUAUAGUUAUGACUGUGAUUUGUGGAGCAGUGCAGUUGUGUUGGUAGAGUUGUUUACAGGCAAGAAGCCUUCGGUUACCUUUCCAUUCAAGUGGAAUUCCUUUAGUGACUUUGAAAAAUUUGUGACAUGCCACAUUACUGAGCUACGAAAACACUCUGCUUCUCAGGUCAUGCUUGACUUUGUUUCCAGUUGCUUGAAGGUGGAUAGAAAACAAAGGCCAACCUACGACGACAUUUUGAGACAUCCAUUCAUAACCGGAUAUGCACUGACAUUGACAGAAGAGCAACAAAAUGAUUUCGUUCUACAGACACUCAGUGAGUACAUCCUGCCGUUUAUUAACAGCUCUCGGCAAUAA